CGAACGAUCCUCUCUAUCUUACGCAUCACGCGUUGAAUUCUGUGUCUCUUUCUCUCCCCAAAGCUCAUCUUCGUUUCUUCAUCCCCACUGUCACUGGCAUUGAUUCUCUGAACCAACAGCCAGCACCCUCUUUAGUUUUAACCCACCGAUCCCGCCCGACCCAGUUUGAGAGAGAGAGAGAGAGAGAGUGAGGAGCCAUUUCUCUCCUCAGACUGGGUUUCCUCUCUAGUCUCUACUAUCUCUCGCAAGAAAGGAAUCCAUUCUCCCAGCAAAGGGUCUUCUGUUUGAAUGUCGCUUUCAGUCGUUCUUUAAUGUGGGGUUGGUGUUUACUGUGAUGGCUCUUUAAGACUAGUCUCCAGAAGUGAGAGAGAGGGAGAGAGAGAGAGAUUUCAGCGUACUGUUGAUGGGCUUCGAGUGAAUCCAUCCUCUUGAUUUCAAGAUAUGGAAACCAAAGGCCGACUCGUUGCCGGUUCUCACAACCGAAAUGAGUUUGUUGUCAUCAAUGCCGAUGAGAUUGGCCGAGUAACUUCGGUUAAGGAAUUGAGUGGUCAGAUUUGCCAGAUUUGUGGGGAUGAGGUCGAAGUUAAAGUGGAUGGGGAGCCAUUUGUUGCCUGCAACGAGUGUGCUUUCCCUGUUUGCAGACCUUGCUAUGAGUAUGAAAGAAGAGAGGGCAAUCAAGCUUGCCCGCAAUGCAAAACCAGAUACAAGCGCAUCAAAGGAAGUCCUAGAGUCGAUGGUGACGAAGAAGAAGAUGAAUUUGAUGACUUGGACAAUGAAUUUGGGUCCAAUGACCAGGCUGACUCGCAUCAAAUUGCAGAGGCAGGGUUCUCUUCGCGCCACGGUACUGGCCGUGGUCUCCAAAGCCAUGGUUCUGGGCUCACUACUCCCUUGGAGAUGGAUUCCUCGUCCCUCAGUCCAGAUAUCCCUCUCCUGACUUAUGACCACGAGGAUGCUGGGAUUUCCUCUGAUCAGCAUGCUCUUAUCAUUCCACCAUUUAUGAGUCGGACUAAGCGUGUCCAUCCAGUGCCAUUUUCUGAUUCUUCCAUGUCUUUGCCACCCCGGCCAAUGGAUCCUAAGAAAGACUUAGCAGUGUAUGGAUAUGGUACUGUUGCAUGGAAGGACAGAAUGGAAGAGUGGAAGAGAAGGCAGAGUGACAAACUUCAAGUGGUGAAGCAUGAAGGAGAUGGGGGUGGGAGCUUCGAUGGUAAUGAGCUGGAUGAUCCUGAUCUUCCCAAGAUGGACGAAGGUAGGCAGCCACUCUGGAGAAAGUUACCAAUUCCAUCAAGCAAGAUAAGCCCAUACAGGAUGAUCAUUUUGCUGCGACUUGCCAUUCUGGGGUUAUUUUUCCACUAUAGGAUUCUUCACCCUGUCAAUGAUGCAUAUGGACUCUGGCUAACUUCAAUUAUAUGUGAAAUCUGGUUUGCUGUAUCAUGGAUCUUUGAUCAGUUCCCAAAAUGGUUUCCAAUUGAGCGAGAAACAUACCUGGAUAGGCUAUCACUGAGGUAUGAAAAAGAAGGCAGGCCAUCUGAAUUAGCCUCUAUAGAUGUAUAUGUAAGUACAGUUGAUCCAAUGAAAGAGCCUCCACUUAUCACUGCAAACACAGUCCUGUCUAUCCUUGCCGUGGAUUAUCCAGUCGACAAGGUUACCUGCUAUGUCUCAGACGAUGGUGCUGCCAUGCUCACUUUUGAAGCCCUGUCUGAGACAUCUGAAUUUGCGAGGAAGUGGGUACCAUUCUGCAAAAAGUUCAAUAUUGAGCCUCGUGCCCCAGAAUGGUAUUUUGCUCAGAAAGUUGACUAUCUUAAAGACAAAGUGCAUCCUACAUUUGUGAGGGAACGUCGCGCAAUGAAGAGGGAUUAUGAAGAGUUUAAAAUUCGGGUAAAUGGUCUGGUCGCUAUGGCACAGAAAGUUCCUGAGGAUGGCUGGACAAUGCAGGACGGGACUCCAUGGCCAGGGAAUAAUGUCAGGGAUCAUCCUGGAAUGAUUCAGGUAUUCUUGGGUCAUGAUGGUGUCCGUGAUCUUGAAGGAAAUGAAUUACCUCGUCUUAUCUAUGUUUCUCGUGAAAAGAGGCCAGGAUUUGAGCAUCACAAAAAAGCUGGUGCAAUGAAUGCUCUGGUGCGAGUCUCAGCAGUCAUCUCAAAUGCUCCUUACGUAUUGAAUGUGGAUUGCGAUCACUAUAUAAACAACAGUAAAGCACUCCGUGAAGCUAUGUGUUUCAUGAUGGACCCUACAUCUGGAAAGAAAAUAUGUUAUGUUCAGUUCCCUCAAAGGUUUGAUGGGAUUGAUCGUCAUGACAGAUACUCAAAUCGGAACGUCGUUUUCUUUGAUAUCAAUAUGAAAGGGCUGGAUGGGAUACAGGGGCCAAUUUAUGUCGGAACGGGCUGUGUUUUCAGGAGGCAAGCGCUCUAUGGCUAUGAUGCUCCUGUGAAGAAGAAAGCCCCAUUAAAAACAUGCAAUUGUUGGCCUAAAUGGUGUUCUUGCUGCUGUUGUGGAUCUAGAAAGAAAAAUAGGAAAGAGAAAUCAAAGGAGAACAAGAAGAAAACAAGCAGCAGAGAAUCUUCACCGCAGAUAUAUGCACUUGAAAACAUUGAGGAAGGUGUUGAAGGAAUAGAUAAUGAAAAAUCAGCUCUCAUGCCCCAGAUAAAAUUGGAGAAAAAGUUUGGCCAGUCACCUGUUUUCAUUGCUUCUACACUGCUAGAGGAAGGCGGAGUUCCACCUGGAGCAACUUCUGCGUCACUAUUGAAAGAAGCAAUUCAUGUCAUUAGCUGUGGUUACGAGGAUAAAACAGAGUGGGGAAAAGAGGUUGGAUGGAUUUAUGGCUCUGUUACUGAGGAUAUCUUAACUGGCUUCAAGAUGCAUUGCCAUGGCUGGCGAUCAGUCUACUGCAUUCCCAAAAGGCCUGCAUUUAAGGGAUCGGCUCCCAUCAACCUCGCAGAUCGUCUGCACCAAGUUCUUCGAUGGGCUCUGGGAUCUGUUGAGAUUUUAUUGAGUAGGCACUGUCCCAUCUGGUAUGGUUAUGGUUGCGGUUUAAAACCACUGGAGCGAUUUUCAUAUAUCAACUCAGUCGUUUAUCCAUUGACAUCCAUUCCCCUGAUUGCAUAUUGUACCUUACCAGCUGUCUGUCUGCUAACUGGAAAGUUCAUUGUCCCAGAGAUCAGCAACUACGCAAGCAUUAUAUUCAUGGCCCUCUUCAUAUCGAUUGCUGCCACCAGUAUACUGGAGAUGCAGUGGGGAGGUGUUUCUAUUGAUGACUGGUGGAGGAACGAGCAGUUCUGGGUGAUUGGUGGUGCUUCAUCGCACCUGUUUGCCCUCUUCCAAGGUCUUCUCAAGGUUUUGGCUGGUGUCAAUACAAACUUCACAGUGACAUCCAAAGGAGGAGAUGAUGGGGAGUUUUCGGAACUGUACCUGUUCAAAUGGACCUCUUUGUUGAUUCCUCCUAUGACUUUGCUGAUCAUAAACAUAAUUGGGGUCGUGGUUGGAGUUUCUGAUGCCAUCAACAACGGCUAUGAGACGUGGGGUCCGCUGUUUGGCAAGCUCUUCUUUGCUCUCUGGGUCAUCGUCCACCUCUACCCUUUUCUGAAAGGUUUGAUGGGAAAACAGCAAGGCGUUCCCACCAUUAUUGUGGUAUGGUCAAUUCUUCUGGCUUCCAUCUUCUCCCUUUUGUGGGUUCGGAUCAACCCAUUCCUGUCCAAAGAUGGCAUUGUGCUGGAAGUUUGUGGGUUGAAUUGUGAUUAAAUGAUCCACAAAACAGAGGUACUGAUGGUUUGAAUCAUAGUUAGAAGCAUCAUCAUCUGGGAGUUCAGUAAGAGAAUGCUUAUCGGGGUGAAAGUCGAGCACGUCCACGACUUGGUUUAGCCAUCGACUGGAAAUCACCGGCAAUAUAGCCAUCUUAAAAGCGAAGGCAAGUUUCCGGUAGGUUGUGUAGAUACAGAAAGGAAAACUGGACCCGGGCACAUUCGUAUAUCUCUUGCAAAGGUUUUUUUCUUGGCUGUUCUUUUUUUCAUUCGUUUUUCUCUUACACCACUUGGGUUUUGUGGGUUGGAAGGGUCGAACCUAAAGUUAGUUUUCUUCAUAAUUUAUAUACCCUUUAGGAAUAAGGAGCUAUGGAUAAGGAUGUGUUCAAAAUUUUCAUAAAACUGUUUGCUCAUCUAAAGAUAUACCCUAAUUUGGGAUUGUUUUGUAGCCCUCAAGUUUCAUACUCUUCUGUGUAAUGUCAAUAAGAUGCAAGGCUUUUGUUA